AUGACAUCUUCAGUCACCUCUGGAUUGUCUCCACCAACAGCUACACGAGCUGUGGAUUUGCACGAGGGUGUGGAUCAUCACGAAUGCAUCGAUUUACUGCUUCCUGCGCAAACGACCAACAAUCUCGUGAUUUCCAGUACACAAGCUGAAAUGCCACAUCAGGUACACCUUUUCAUUACAUUUAUUCCUGGUACAUUUGUCGCCGGUUAA